GGCUCCUGUUCGCCCUUCGGCCCCGCCUGCCCGAGGUGGGGCGUCUCUGUGCGCCUGCGCGUCGCGGGCGGGCCUGGGGUCACCCUGAGGUGUGGACGACGCGGAGAUGCUAAGCAGGUUCCUGGGCCCGCGGUACCGCGAGCUGGCCAAGAACUGGGUUCCCACCGUGAGCAUGUGGGGUGCUGUGGGCACCGUGGGGCUGGUGUGGGCCACCGACUGGCGGCUGAUUCUGGACUGGGUGCCCUACAUCAACGGCAAGUUUAAGAACGACAAUUAGCUGCACAGACUCUACUGAAGCCCCUGACUAUGAAACAAAGUUGUGCAGGCUUGAAGGAGAUGCACCCAACAGUUUGGAGCACGGCCCUUACAUCAGGUGGGGUCCUGAAGUCCUGGGUUCACACCUCGGCUCUGCACACAGGAAUCCGGUGCCGGAAACCAGCCUUGUGACGUGGCGCCCGCCUGGCCACUUUGCUCUUUUAUCUGUGAGGGCUCUGCUCACCAGAGGCUUAUGCUGUCUGUAGCCAGCCCCAUGGAGUACCCAGGAGGGAAUGAAUGCAAUAUGAGCUGGGCGUAGCUGCACUUACCUGAAAACUUUAAAAUAAAUAAAACACGUGACACCUGUC